AUCGCAGUCUAAAAAUAAGGAAACACUGCACCAGACUAAUUAGAGCUGUUGUUUUGUUUGGUAAAGGCUAGCAAGCGUUGACGUCUGCACGCGUGACGCCACACCGAACUCUUUCGCGCGGGAAAACAACUUGAGCCUGAUGUCUGCAAUCAAUUCUUUCCAUGUUGGAACAAUUGAAGAAAUACAUAAAGCUGGUCGGAAAAGGGUUGUCAUUCAAGAUCGAGACAUCUUUGUUUUAUCACAUCGUGGAAAGUUCUAUGCUCUGGAUAGUUUUUGCUACCAUGCUGGUGGCCCCCUUCAUGAAGGGGAUAUAGAGGAACUAGGAGCAACUUCUUGCAUUGUGUGUCCCUGGCACAAAUACAAAAUUGCUGUUGACAGUGGAAAUGGAUUAUAUCUAGCUGUUGACCCAUUUAAUCAAAAGAAGCCUCCUGAAGUGAAAUCCAAAGGUGUCAAACAACGCACACACACAGUAACAAUAGAAAAUGAUAAUGUGUAUGUUACUCUAUCAUCACUGGAAAACAGAGUGGAAUCUGAUCACUACAACUGCACAGACAAAGGCAGAAAAUUUCAUUGCAAGUAACAGACGGUAUCAGUAGACGGCAAACAUUGAUUCCGCUAAAAAACUAAAGAUGAUAUUUAAGGCUAGAUGAAAAUAUGCUUUACUGUGUAUGCUGUUUCACAUUUAGUACACUAUUGCUGGUUAGUUUUGUGGUCAAAAUGUCAGUCAUUAGUAGGGCCAUAAACACUAGCCAUCUGCAAUAUCUUGCAUUUCCUAAGACAUGUCUGAUUUUAUAAACAGUAUGAUUGCUACCUGGGACCCCAUGCUCCACUGGGGGUGAUUAGGAAUAAGAUGAUUGCUACCAAAAUAUAUCCUUACCAAAACCAAUCCCAGCAACAAAUUUUGUGUUUGUAUUCAACAUGAACUCUUCAAAAUUAUUUCCUGUUUUAUUUUGUAAAGAUUUUAUAUUAAAUUUUCACAGUCAGAGCUUUGCAAAGAUGAAUAGCAAGAAACUAGAUAUCCAACAGCAAUUCUUUGUGUUUAAUGUACAUGGUCGAAAUAUACUAUCUGUACACUCAUCAUCAUGGGUAACCACAAAUGCUCAUCCUUAAUAUGCACUUGAAAAUACAUUGCAAUAUUAAUUGCAAGUACUGGACAAUCCACCUUUGAAAAUAAAAGUGAAGUUGACAAGAAUUAAUGAAAAUUACAAAAUAUGUACAGACCAAAAAAUCUAUAAUGAAAUGUCAACCUGAUCAAGAUAACAUCAAAAUAUUUCAGUGUAUUUUCCAUGUCAAAUGCAUAUAGACAUUUGUUAUUCAAAAGAAAGAAAAAAAGUGCAGGCUAUAUAAAGUGUUGAAAUGUU